AUGGCUGCUCGCGUCUCGACCGAGGCGUUUUGUCGGGCGGUAGUGGCAAGGGUGACCGUCCGGGACCCCAAGGUCGGGGGCACGUUGAAGACCUCAUGCAGCUGGGAGCUGCUGGAGCCUUCUGCUUCUCCGGUACCUGUAGGGAAGGCAAGCAGGGAAAACAAGUCUACCGCAAGCAUUCGGCGGCAACUCCGUUCGGCGCAAUCUCUGGGGCUGGCGGGUACACGCGACGAUGGCGCAGAAAGGCUAGCCACGCAGCGCUCGGAAGAGAUCGUCAAGCGCUGCGGAAUCCACGGGGUCCUCUAUAUAGACCUGGAGUUCCCACCAAACGAUUCUUCUCUCGGACCUAGCCUGGCCGCCAGCGGUUUGGUAACUUGGCGCCGCCCCAUACAAUUCGACUGCGGCUCCGCCACCGCUUUUGGAGGGUACGGGCGACCGUUACCAUCGGACGUGCGGCCGUGCCCGUUCGCGGCGGACGCAUCUCUGGCGUGCGCGCUGGCCGCGCUGGCGGAGCGGCCCUGUCUUGUGAGCGCCGCUCUCUGCGGCAGGGUGGAGGAGGUGGUGAGCUCGUCGUGCGCGAGCCGAGGGUGCGAUGGUGGCGGUCGACGAGGAGGAGGAACAGGAGGAGGAACGACUGAUCACGACGGGAAAGACUUUCCAUCGGAGACAGCAGUCGCCAACGGUCGAACGGACGAGAAUAGAAAUGGCCGCGGGGAUCACCUCGCGCUACGAAAGAGAACCGGAGUGGCCACAGCAGAAGCGGCGGCGAAGGCCUUCAUGGCAGCUACGGAAUCGGGCAUAUUUUGCGCUCGGCUCUGCGCCGACGGCGUCUGGAAGGAGUACGUUCUGGACGACUUUUUCCCUUGUCUUUCCUCGUACCCAGAGCGGGGAGGAGGUAGCGAUAGCGGCGGAGGCGGGCCUUGCCUUUCACGGGCGCACGGCCCCGCUCUGUGGGUUUCCAUGCUCGAGAAGGCGUACGCACGGGUGGUGGGGUCGUACUCGGCAGCACUGGGAGGGUGCUGCUUACCGUGUGGGCCAGCGAAAGAGCGGGAGGAGACGGAAGCCAGGGCCGCAGCGAGCGUCGUCGCGAGGCCCGCCAAGGUGUUGGGGGUGCUCACGGGGUCGCCGGUGUUGCAGGUUGAUCUGUCGGCAGGCCGGAGGAGAGCGAAAGAUGGGGAAGGGGUCGGGGUGCGGGAGGAUGAGGACGAGGAGGUGGCGGGGGAGCUGUGGGGGAGCAUUGUGUCCUGGGCACGGCAGGGCUGGCUGGUGUGUCUCAGUACUCCGUCGGCGGAGACGCCCGAGGGAGGGGUUCAUCAAGAGAGUGGCGAAUCGUGGAAGGACGGGCUUCGCCUGGGCUACGCUUACACCGUGCUCCAAACGGCUAGCGUCGGCAGCGGCCACAGACUAGUCCGUCUCCGCGGCCCACUGCUUCCCAAGGAAGGGUGGAGGGGGAAAUGGACGGACGACAGCCCGCUUUGGACACAGGAGGCGUUGAUCGCGGCCCAAAACAGCUGCCCAACCCACCCGGGGAUGUCUUCCUACCGACUUGAAGAACCGGGGGCGUUUUGGGUUUCCAUCGAAGAAGCUGUUUCUGCGUUCGUCGAGGUCGGCGUUUGCAUGGUGCCGCUUCCUCCCCGGACGGGGGGAGAUUGCCGCGGGCAUGAAAGGAUUCUCGGUGGGUCCCGGUGGGCCCACGAGGUGCGGAGGCGUGUUGUGUUCAAGCGAAGACGAGACAGAGCGGGUGGGGGGCAGGGAUCUGGCCGGGAAUAUUGGGGUUCAGGUGGGGGCACGGCGGGAAUUGGAGCUGCUCAGGGGAAAGAGGAGGGUGGUCGGGGAGAAGAGGAGGAAGGUGGUAUGCUCUGGGGGGCAUCCCAAGUAUACGCGCUCUCUGUCUACGAGACAUCACGGAUAUUCUUCUCCGUCUACCAGGAAAACCGCUCAGAUAGCGCCAGCGGGGUCUGCUGGAGAGACGUGGGAGUCACGGUGCUGCGCGUCAGGGACGGCUGUGGGCCAGAGGUCGUCGCCUCCACUGGUAACCCCGCCCAGGCUUCCGUUUCCACGGGGACCGUCCUGUUCCCGGGGAGGUACGUUGUCAUCCCCUCCUACACUGGAUGUGUCACGAAAGACCAGGCCCUUCAGGGGAACUCAGAGUUGGGCAACAAGAACAAUCAUCCCGUCGGGGUGGACAAUAAUGAUCCUUUGGGAAAGGAUGAAGCUCCUCACCAAGAUUCGAACAGCGGGCACCCCUUACGGACGGCAGAAAGUAAUCCCCGCGAGACAAGCAACGAGAAGACGUGGAGGGAAGGAGCCGAGGCGAAGAAAGGGCGCGAGGGCGAGGAGGACUCGAAGAAGGAGGCGGAGGUAGGGUUGUCGUUCGAUCAACCCGAGAUCUUGAAGGGGCUGAUGACCAUGUUCGAGGGCCUCGAUGCCGACUGUGACGGCGUCCUUUGCAGGGAAGAGCUGGACGCCUUUCUACGGACCACGGAGGGGAUCCCACUGCAAGACGAUGUCUACGUCUGGCUCGUGCGGAGCUUUUCUUCUUGUCCCAGACCAUCGGUUCUCAAAGACACCCACGUAAGUGGCCAUGCCGAGACCCCCCGGCGGGUGGGAGCAAAGGGACGUCGGCGUCCGCAGCGACAAGGACGAGCGUCGCGAGCCCCGCCCGCUGGAAUCGAAGACGACGGGGGUUGUGAUGGUUGUCACGGGGGCGGAGGCGUGCAUGAUGUCGACUUGUGCUUGACACGGCAUGGGUUUGUGGAGAUGUAUCGGUACAUCUGGCAGGCCGCCGGGCGGGACUUCGGGGUGGUUAUGCGAGACCUUCGCUUCGCGGAGUGUCAUGAUGCACGUUCGGAAGAGAAUCGCCCCUCGGUCGUAGUUGCCGUGCAUUCCGACGUCCAGGGUUUCGAUUUUCUGGCGCAGCCACCAGAUCCUGAGCUUCUGGAGGCAGCCGUUGCCCUCCCAAUCCAACGCUGGGGGUAUCCUUCGCCUGGCUACCCCGAUCUCGCAAGCCCACCACCGGUGGAGCAUAGCAGGGCGUUGGCCACCAUUGCUUCAGGAUCGAACAAGACAGGCGCAACAACAACAGCCGAAAUGGAGACAGCCACAACGGCAUCGGUGACGGGACACGAAAUCACCGCCACCUUCAACAAUGCAAGUAGAACAGACGAUGACAACGAAAACGAAAGCAACAAAGCGCGCAUCAUCAUCGAUGACGCUGCCAACAACAACAACAAGAGCGGGCUGCUGCUGUACGUGAGGCCCGGGCCAAAGGGGGCCGAAAAUGCCGUCACGUUUUUGGUGCAGAGUCCUAUCCAUUUCUUCAGCGUUAGGGCUCGUCUCGACUGCACCGGGAGCGUUAACGCGUCUCCCAUGCCCGGCUCCAUCGGGCUUUCCAGGGAGGUGACGCUGCUCCCUGGGCAGUCUAAAGUUAUCCAGCAUCUCGUGCCUACAGACCCCCGUACGCCGUGGUCUUGGAAACACGCACCGUUGACCGUGGACACCCUCUAG